AUGGCUCCAUUAGAUAAAGAUAUACCACGACUUCCUUGCGACGUUAGUAAUAUAAAAAAUCUUGACACAUACAUAGAAGUUAUCAAUCAGUUGACCACAUGUAUCUCUAACGCGGUAAACGAGGGAAAAAGCGUCACAGCUGUUAACAAGUGCCUUAUAAAUCUGGCAGCUGAAGAAAUCCGAAGAGCCUCAAACAGCCUUUCCACUGUACUAUCAGCGAAAGCUUCACAUGCCGAGGAACAGUCUUUGAAAAAUGAUAUUUUAACCAUCGUUAGAGAGGAAAUCAAAAAGCUUAAAGAAGUGCUAACUCCCACUUCCAAUGCGCCUGGCCCUACAUACGCGGAAGUGGCAUCUAUUGCCCCAAAAAAACCAGAACCUAACCUAACCUAA